GGGAGUUUACCCUCGAUCGCGGACCUCUGGAUCUGGCAGAGGCGGACGGCAGUCGCAGUUUGGACGACAUGCCUCUGCUGCAGGUGGUGCGGCUGCAGCAGCUGUACCGGCGCUGCUGUAACGACCGGGAGGCAACAAGAAUACUGGUGAAGAUACACCAGUGGGUGGCCCUGCCAUGUGCCACCUUCCUCUUCGCCCUCUUUGGCCCUCUGCACUUUUCAAGAGUGAAGAUUCACCAACGGGUGGCUCUGCCGUGCGCCACCUUCCUCUUUGCCAUCCUUGGAGCUCUCUUCGCCGCCCAGCUGCAGAUCAGAAAGCGGCAGGUUGGCUUCGCUCUGGCAGUCUUUGUCAUAUUCGCCUACUGCUCUCUCUCCGUCACUGGUGUGCUGUUCGCCCAGUCCGCUGCUGGGUGGGUGGCUGCCGAAUCUCGUGGGUGCUUCACACUGGCUGCUGUUGGUGCUGCUGCUGUUGGUGUUGGUGUUGGUGUUGCUGCUGCUGUUGGUGGUGAAGCAGCGGGGCUUGAAGCAAUAGGAGGCGGUGAGGUGUCUGGUGGUGGUGGGGAUGGUGGGGAUGGUGGGGAUGGUGGUGGGGAUGGUGGGGAUGGUGGGGAUGGUGGGGAUGGUGGUGGGGAUGGUGGGGAUGGUGGUGGUGGUGGUGGGGAUGGUGGUGGUGGGGAUGGUGGUGGUGGUGGGGAUGGUGGUGGGGAUGGUGGGGGUGAUGAUGGUGGUGGUGGGGAUAGUGGUGGUGGGGGUGGUGAUGGUGGUGGUGGGGAUGGUGGGGGUGGUGAUGGUGAUGGUGAUGGUGGGGAUGGUGGGGGUGGGGAUGGUGGUGGUGGUGAUGGUGAUGGUGGGGAUGGUGGGGGUGGUGAUGGUGGUGGUGGGGACGGUGGGGGUGGUGAUGGUGAUGGUGGGGAUGGUGGGGGUGGUGACGGUGAUGGUGGGGAUGGUGGUGGUGGGAGUGCUGUGGAGGAGGGGAAAAUGGAACAGAGGGAAUGGAAACAGCAACUUUAG